AUGGCCACCAUCAGUCUUGAGGAGCUCCACGCUUACCACAGUAUUGAUCGAGAAAUGUUUUCUCGAUUGGUAAUAAAUCUGAGGCGAGACCCAGGUGAAAGUUUGCUAGUGAUGGCCACAUGGUUAUGGCUAGAAGAAAGAGGUUUCCCCAAUAUUGUUUUCAAGAUGUUGAAACUUUCAGAUCGUAUGGUGGAUGUACUUGCUGAUGAAGCUGUUUCAUGUUUUAAAUGUCUUGAAUCAAACAGUCCUAGUUCAUCUAUGUUAGCAAACGGUGGCAUUAUUCUAUUUACAUCAAGAUUAAUGGAGAAACCGAUUUCUUUGCAAAUGUUUCUCCAAAAUAGAUUCACUGCAAUAAGUGGAAUAAAGAAUUAUCUUAUCACAGUUUGUGCUCGUGUUUUCACUGACAUUCUUCAGGCUGUAUUGGGUACCACCCCAUUACAGGCAAUUCGAAACCAGUCUCUUGUGAUACCGGGUUUCCCUCAUCCAUUAUUUGGUGGUGUGGCUGUUGUGCCAGGAGCAAUGGAUAUUGAUUUUCCUGCAGGAGGAUUAUGGGUUUGGAACCCACCAAAUAAUGUUUCUGAAGAUGAAAGAACCAUGUUUCUGACUUUCUCAAGGGGCUUUCCUGUAUCAGAAUAUGAAGUUAGAGAGCUUUUUACAAGUAUGUGUGGCGAUUGUGUUGAUACCGUGUACAUGCAGGAGAAUUCUUUCUCAUCUUAUGAAGAUCAGCCAUUGUUUGCUCGUCUGGUUUUGAAAUCUGUCGACACUGUUGAUCAAAUUCUGAAUGGGAAACGCAUAGCCAAGUUUCGAAUCAAUGGCAAACACAUCUGGGCUCGAAAAUAUGAACGUAGAGAGUGAUUCAUGUCAUC